AUGGAGAACCCGAGGGGCGCGAGGCAGUCCCCGGCAGCUAGGCGAGCCGGGUCUCUGGACAAGCCCCAAGCCCCCAGGAGGCACUCGGAGGCCGUGGCCGGCCAGGGCCUCUCCCUGCACGCCACCACCCCCGGCCAGAGGGCGCUUCGCCGGGUGGCCAGCGACGGGGGCCCAUGUCCGGAGAGCUUCGCUCCGCCUACAGAGGCGCAGGGCCCCGUAGCCGAAGCCAUCACGAAGGAGUUGGUCCCCAGGGUGCCAAGGCCCCCAGAAGAUGCCAAGAAGGACAAGGCCCAGCGGCGGAACCAGCAGGGGUGGCUGAAGACCCUUCUGAACUUCCUCCUCCUCAGGACAGGUUCUGAGGACGCCAAAGAAAAAACCAAUAGGAAGCCAAAGGGGAAGGAGGAGCCCACUGAGCCCACCGAGGCAGCCGAGGAUCCAGCCAUCAGGAAGAAAGCCCAGGACAAGAAGGCCAACCGCAAGAAACACAAGAAACAUGACACCGAAGAAACCCCCAGGGCCCUAAACCAGGAGGCCAAAGGCCAAGAGGUUGGGGUGCUGGUGGAGGCUGACCCGGGCCUGGCUUGCAGGGGUGCUCAAGAUAAUGAUGGCCACCAGCCCCUGCCCAUCGAAGGAUGCAGUGCUGGACUCUUGGAUGUUUCUCCCCAGGCUGCAGGCCCCCUGCCAGAGGAGGAACCCCCCAAACCUGACCAGGAUGCAGUCCUCUGGAUGAUUGUGGAGGUGCUCAAGAAAGUGGGAGACCAGUUGGAGGAUGAGCCACUACAAAUCCCUGAGCUAGAGCUGGCUCCCCAAAACCCAGCGCCAGCCACGAGGAAAAAACCUCAAGAUAAAAAGGCCAGCCUCAAGAAAGCCUUUUCUCUUAAGAAACCUGGCUCUGAGGUACCCAAGAGAACCGGCACUGCCAACCCCGAGGCCAGGCCCCCCAAGAGGCCCAGCUUCCUGCCUGUGUGUGUGGGUGGCCACCGCCCCUCCUCCUCCAGCAGCCCUGACGCAGAGGGCCCUGGAGUCCAGGAGGCCCUGUGUGUGGACGGGGAGGGCCCCAGUCCCUCGGAGCUCCCCUGCCCAGGCAGACGCCAGGGAGCAGACGAGGAGCCGCUGCUGGACAGAGCUGCUGAAUCCAGAGAAUUCAUGCAGAAGAUCCUUGCCCUGCUGCAAGAUGCCGAGGAGCUGGAGGGAGAACAGCAACCUCAGGUCCUGGAGGCAGAGUUGCCAGUAGAAAACCUGGUCCCGGCGUGCAGGAAGAGGUCCCAGGAGAAGAAGUCCGGCCUCCGGAGAGCCUUUUCUCAUAAAAAGCAUGGGUCCAAGGAGCCCAAGAGAGGGGGUGCUGCCGAUGCUACCACCCCUGAGGCCCGGCCGCCCAAGAGGCCCGGCUUCCUGCCCCUGUGUGUGGGUGGCGGCCACCGGCCCUCCAUCUCCAGCAGCUCAGAUGCUGAAGGCCUGGAGUUCCGGGCGACCUUGGCCACAGAAGCCGGACCAUCUGGGGUGUCGGAGAGCCCUUCUCCUCAGACCAGAGGCCACACACCGGACCGGGGGCCUCAGCCGGAGGGCACAAAGGAUCCUAAGGAGCUGCUCAUCGGCAAGCUGGUGGUGCUUCUCCAGGAGGUGGAUGGCCAGCUAGGGAAGCAGAUCCGGCGCCACCCCAGCUUUAAGCGGUUCUUUCACGAGUUCUCCGACUCCUCCCUCCGGAAGCUAGUAGCCAGCCUGCAGAGCCAGCAAGGCCGCUCCUCCGGCGGGGACAGGCGCCUGGCCAGACCCUCCCCGUUUGCUUUUGACUUGAUGAACCAGCUGGCCAGCCACCAGAGCCGCACCAUCUGCAGCAUCAUGGGCUCCAGGGGGCACUGCAGCGGGCACAGCUAUGCCCAGUUCCCGGCCAGGGAGGCCCAGCGGAAUAUCACCAAUCUGGAGAGCUGUCAAAGUCCAGACUGAAAUCUCAAGUUCCCUUGAGCCAGGCAGUGGCCGGCAGCUUUGACCAGGAGCCCUGAAGUG